GCUCUUGGCUCUUUCAUUCAGUAUUCAACCACCACCUUUGGUGGGAUGUAGUUAGGUAAAUUUGUUCGAAACUAAGGAAAUUACGAUGCUCUCCAGUAAAGCCAAACACUAUUUACAUUGCCUUCUAUUUCUAAACGUGAUAAUCUUUUUCGAAAUUUUUACUGGGGGCAUAAAGAGCUUCGGAGAAGGGGUGUUUGUACCGCCAACAGAGUUGAAUCCAUGGAUACAGUACGGUGUUUUCGGGGCUACGCUUCUCUAUAUUUUAAGAUUUCUCACUUUUCUACCUCUGCCCCAAGUGAUCUUCAACUGUUUGGGUUUGACGCUGUACAACGCUUUUCCGGAAAAAGUGGUGCUGAAGGGAUCCCCGCUUCUUGCGCCUUUUAUUUGCAUCAGGAUCGUAACCAGAGGUGAUUUUCCGCAAUUGGUCAAAAACAAUGUUGUUCGGAACAUGAACAAAUGUUUGGACGCGGGUUUGGAAAAUUUUCUGAUAGAAGUGGUAACCGAUAAAUCGAUAGGUCUGGAGACUCACAGAAGGACUCGAGAAGUUGUGGUGCCGGCAGAUUAUCGUACCAAAAGUGGCGCUCUAUACAAAGCCAGAGCCUUGCAGUACUGUUUAGAAGAUGGAGUGAAUAUUCUUAGCGAUAACGAUUGGAUAGUACAUCUCGACGAGGAAACGUUACUUACGGAAAAUUCAGUAAGAGGAAUUCUGAACUUUGUCAUGGAUGGUAAACAUCCAUUCGGUCAAGGCUUGAUCACCUACGCAAACGAAGAAGUCGUCAACUGGAUAACAACUUUAGCCGACAGUUUUCGCGUGACGGACGAUAUGGGAAAACUAAAAUUGCAGUUCUUGAUGUUCCACAAGCCUUACUUCAGUUGGAAAGGCUCUUACGUCGUCACUCAGCUGGCUGCAGAAAAAGACGUCUCUUUCGACAACGGCCUGGACGGUUCCAUAGCUGAAGACUGCUUCUUCGCCAUGCGCGCCUACAGCAAAGGCUACACCUUCAACUACAUCGAAGGAGAGAUGUGGGAGAAAUCGCCCUUCACCUUCUGGGACUUUAUCCAGCAAAGAAAACGCUGGCUCCAAGGCAUCUCCCUCGUCGUCCAUUCCAAAGCCAUUCCCGUCAAGAACAAGCUGCUCCUCGCGUGUUCCUGCUACUCGUGGCUGACUCUACCCUUGUCGGUAUCUAACUUAAUCAUAGCCGCCAAGUAUCCCAUACCUUGUCCUCCGUUCAUCGAUUUCAUCUGCGCGUUCAUCGGUGCUGUCAACAUCUACAUGUUCAUCUUCGGCGUCAUUAAAUCCUUCACGAUAUACAGAUUUGGGUUGUUUAAACUCACCCUGUGCAUCGUCGGUGCCGUCAUUGUCAUACCCUUUAACUUAGUUAUCGAAAACAUAGCAGUGUUGUGGGGCAUUUUCGGAAAGAAACACAAAUUCUACGUGGUGAAUAAAACCAACGGCCCCUCGCUUACCAGUACCGUGUAACUGGUCGAAUUGUUAAGAAGAAGAAGAAAGCGUAGAGGAGUCACGACUACCCAGUGGUAUUUUGUUAACCUGGCAACCAGGUCAAAUGUUUUGUUGUUUUAAUUUUUUUAUAUUUUGUUAAAAAUAGAAAACAUACGAAUCCAAUCAAUGCCGUGCUUAUGAGAUGAACUCUUAAGAAUGAGAGUACCUUUCUGAAGGGCUCGGAAGACUACGACAGUCCAGAGAUCUGCCAUAUUUUAAUAGAAAAAAAAAUGAUCAUCAUCAUCCAUUAUUUAUUUCUCCGAUAAAUCCUUAAAAAAACAUUACGCCAGUGUAGCAGUAGCGUUUAUUGAUGACAUUUGUCACACUAGAAUCCACCAAUCCGUCACAAAAUUGUAUACGUCUUAAAAAUUACAUACAAGUCACCCCUUCCACCUCAAAAAGUGCCUGUUUGCGCAUGACUUUGGUCUUGUCACUUGUCAAGUUGGACAGCUUAUUUAGAAGCUUUCAGUUAACUUUGUCAAUUUCGACAAUUUUACAAUCUCUUUAGAAGUGAAAUUACAAUGAAUGAGAGUAUUGCAGUUCAUUGGAAUAGUUACUUAACAUUUUCCAGAACACUUUUACCAGAUUUAUCAAUUUCUUUUAAUUAUAACAAAUUAAUAUAUAUUUGAGAAUUGUAAAAUAUUGAAAAAUCACAAGGAAAAUAAACUUCCUGUAGCUGGCUGUAUACCAUAAAUCACUAAAAUACUAAUUUGUUGUAAAAGGUAUAUUUUAAAAUACCCUAAAAAAGGGUCACAAGACAAAACGUUUUCGGAUUAAGAAAUCCAUCAUCAGUGUUCUAAAAGCCAAAAAAUAACAUGCCUGAGCCUAAAAAAUGUGUUGGGUAAAAACCCUUUAAAUGUAAAAUAUUAUAUUAUGUUACAUAUUUAUAUAAAAUGUUGAUGAUGUUCUAGACAUGCCUGGAUGUUACCCAGGGCAACACAGGACUCUUCCCACGUGGUUGGAAUUUUUUUGGAGAAAACCUCACAUAUUCUCAACUAGAAACUAACUCAACUAGUUGGCCAUUGAUAUCCAAUAUGUGAGGGUUUCUCCAAAAAAAUUCCAACCACGUCGGAAGAGUCCUGUGUUGCCCUGGGUAACAUCCAGGCAUAUCUAGAACAUCAUUUAAAUUUUAUAUAAAUAUGUAACAUAACAUAAUCGUUUACAUUUAAAGGGUUUUUACCCAACACAUUUUGGUGGCUCAGGCAUGCUAUUUUUUGGCUUUUAGAACACUGAUGAUGGAUUUCUUAAUCCGAAAAGGUUUUGUCUUGUGACCCUUUUUUAGGGUAUUUUAAAAUAUACCUUUAAUCUAGUAUUUUUGUAAAAUAUUGGUUAUUUGACAUUUAUUUUUCCUUAUGUUUAUUAUUUAUAUUUAUUGUUCAUAACUGAAUUGUACACUGCCCUGUAUCAGCUUUAUUCUUUUCUUUUUAUAUGUAAAAAUUCUUAAUAACUCAUCAUAUUUUCCGUUAAGUUUUUGACGAAUUUGAAAUGUGGCAACAGCGCAAUAAUUUAUAAUUCGGCGCUUUGGUGAAAUUUGUGAAGAUCAUGACCUAGUUACUGUAGUUCUAAUUUGAUUGUUCACUAGAGCCACAUUGUUUUUGAUAGUGACUAAUCUUUGCAGUAUUCACAUGUGACUCUUCCUGUAACUGACCAUUUCCUAGGUCCUAGAGAAACACCUACGUUUUCUAUUUGUGAGUACAAACUGCCGGGAAAAGGGCUCUUAGCGUAUAUUUCGUUGACAAUUUAGAUAUAGGUAAACAGUCUGACAGUUCGCAUUAUCAGAUACAUAUCUGUUGUUCGUAGUAGAUACGCAGGAUGUACAUAUAAGUUCAUUUUAAUGACUAAAGAGCAAACCUAGGAACAUUUUGAUAGUUUUUCAUGGGACCAUAUAAAAAUGGCAUCCAACAUGUGUAUAAAGUGUUUUCUUCGUGCUUGUCUCCUUGUUCAUUUUUUAACUGCGUAAAUUUUACAAUCUCCUCACUUAGUACUUUAUCGACGUAUAUAUCCGUUUAUAUACGUCUACUGAUUCCGAAAUGAGUGUAUGAGCCCAGUAUACAAAAAAGAACAAAUUCACGUUUUUUCCCAGUCAAUAUUAAUUGCAUAGAAAUCCGGAUAUAUCCGUCCUCACUUCUACUGGAAACAAGUGUAUAGGAUUUGACAUGAUUGUGUAAGGUUCAUUUUUUAACUGCCUAAAUUUUACGAUCUCCUCACUUAUUACUUUGUCGACGUAUAUAUCCGUUUAUAUACGUCUACUGAUUCCGAAAUGAGUGUAUGAGCCCAGUAUACAUAAAAGAACAAAUUCACGUUUUUCCCAGUCAAUAUUAAUUGCAUAAAAAUCCGGAUAUAUCCGUCCUCACUUCUACUGGAAACAAGUGUAUAGGAUUUGACAUGGUUGUGUAAGGUUCAUUUUUUAACUGUGUAAAUUUUACGAUCUCCUCACUUAUUACUUUGUCGACGUAUAUAUCCGUUUAUAUACGUCUACUGAUUCCGAAAUGAGUGUACGAGCCCGGUAUACAUAAAAGAACAAAUUCACGUUUUCUCCCAGUCAAUAUUAAUUGCAUAGAAAUCAGGAUAUAUCCGUCCUCACUUCUACUGGAGACAAGUGUAUAGGAUUUGACAUGGUUGUGUAAGGUCAGCAUGAAGUAGUACGUUAUUUUUCCAUUCAGUGUAAGUUUAAUACAAGUGUGAUAAAGGUUACAAUAAUCUACUUUAAUGUUAGAACUUUGUAUGGAUAUAUCAGUCAUCAAAUUUAGUGGAAACAAAGGAUCUGAUAUCCACUGACAAAAAGUUAUGAUAUCAUUAAAUUUAACAAUUGUACUUAUGUUAUCGAUGUAAAAUAUUCAAACAUAAAGAGUGCAUUAAACAAGUUGAUGACGUAUAAAUCCGGAAAACUCUAAUUUCUCUAUGAAUCAGUGGAGUUUCAAUCGAGAUCAGUAUUCGUUAUGAAAUUGUAACGUUACAAACGUCACAUCUUUGCUAUUUUAUUUUUAAAUAAUUAUUUUAUUCUAUCUUCUUUAUUAAUUCUUUAAUAAUAAUCUUCUAUUUGUUUUACCUUUUUUCCCGUUAAAAAUUGGUUGGUUGAAAUAUAAAUUUUGAAUGGUAUUUCAAAUAGCUGGAGUAACUCAUCGCCUUUUUUUAAAGAAGAUAGAAUAAAAUAAUUAUUUAAAAAUAAAAUAGCAAAUAUGUGACGUUUGUAACGUUACAUACUCCUACCACCCACCAGAAAAAUUUUGAACACAAGUGAGAAAUUUUUCUCAAAGAAAACAGGAACGUUACAAAAUUAGUAAGAUUUAACUAUACAAUUUUAAAAUAUGUAUGUUACAAUAAUCUGCUUUAAUGUUAGAACUUUUUAUGGAUACAUCAGUCAUCAAAUUUAGUGGAAACAAAGGAUCUGAUAUCCGCCGACAAAAAGUUAUGAUAUCAUUUAAACAAUUAUUGUACUUAUGUUAUCGAUGUAAAAUAUUCAAACAUAAAGAGUGCAUUAAACAAGUUGAUGACGUAUAAAUCCGGCAAACUCUAUUCUCUAUGAAUCAGUGGAGUUUCAUCUAGAUCAGUAUUCGUUAUGAAAUGAGUAAGAUUUAACUAUACAAUUUUAAAAUAUGUAUGUGUCCCGCUAUUUAUAACUAUUUAGAAAAUGAUUUCUUAUUGUAAUCAAUGUUUAUGUUGGCCGUAUAAUAAAGAUAACACAAACAAAUGUUUGUUGUGUAUUUGGCGCAAUUCAAGCGUUAUUUUGUUUUUUACAGCAAUUCAUUAUAUUGUCAUACACAAUAUAACACUUUUCAACUAUGACAAUUCUUUGUCAUCUAACAUGUCAAUUGUCUCAAGCCAGGAUGACAUCUCAUGUCAUUUAUUGUCAUUUGUCAUUUAUUUGGUGCCACGGUUUCCAUGUCUCUUCUGUAAAGUUUUUCUCUAUAUUGUACAUGUGACAUGUGGUGUGUCUCCUGUAGAUACAAUCAGUUAUAGGAUCAUUCAAUUGCUCAUAUAGUUUCUUGUGAUUUUUCUGGUGGUCGGUUCUGUUACAAAAUUGGAAGAAUGAAUUAUAAAACUCAAGCCCCACGUUGGGCUCCCAAGUACAUCCUGCGAAUCUCCUGCACAGUUAAAAUUGAAGUUUUUUGGGUAAAGAUACAAGAAUCAAAAUUAUUUUUUUAAACGCCCAGAAAUUUUGAAUUUCUUGGUCAUAUGUCAUUUGUACAAUCUCAUAUGCUCAAUACUUAGUAGUAUUAAUAACUUAACCAAAGAAUAAAACUUAUUUAACAAUUCAGUGACGUAUUAAUGAUAGCUUGAGUAUGCUUGGGCCUGGUUUAUACCAAAGUCGAGAAAUCAAUGGUGUUAAGUUCUGGAUGGCUAGAUGGUGGUUUCUUAACCUGGACUUUUAAAUUUUUAGUUUCUUUAAGCAGGAGUGUUAUAGUCUGACUGUUUUGUUGCUUUAGAAGAUAUAGCAGAGAUGCUAUGUAAUGCUAGUACAAGUAUUGAUAAUUUUAUUAUCAAUAUUGUUGUAAUUUGACCGGAUUUUCUGACGUUUUGGUCGAUAUCUUAAUGCUACUACAUGAGGCUAGGAACUUUUUCUUAAGGAAUAUAUACUCCGUUUACCUUUAACGAAUUAAAAGGCCAGAAAAAGCCAUUAGCAUCAACAGAGCUCGCUUAAAGACAUCAUAUUUGGAGAUAAACCAAGCCCGAUCGAAAAAUUUUGUUGUUGUUUUUGUUUAUUGUUAAUUUUUGUUUAAACUCGUCGUUUAUGCUUCUCCAAACUUCCAAGAACUCUUUCGAAAUGCUUAUAAUGCCAAAAUUUUACCUUUAAUGUACAUACAUUAAGUAGGAAAUACCAAGAUGAUUAUAUUGAAUAUAACGGAGCUUUUAUUGUACAUAAACUUUCUCACCUAGAUCAAUUUUUACUAUAAGUGCACAGAGUGUCCGCGAAAGCUCUGUUCCAGCUGUACAUAUGAUUUAAAGAUUAAUGCAUAGGUACGAGUAUAGACAUUAAAGACGUUUUGUGGCUGUUUUUUUUUUGUUUAAUUGAGAUUAACUAGAUGCCUCAUGUUUUCUUCAGAGCUCGUAAUUCGGAGAUUUGUCAAAAAGUGGCGGUAUCAAUGUUUGGUAUAAACGUUUAAGAAAUUCAAUUAGCCGCUUUAAAGAAAAGCACUUGCCGGUAUUUUAACAUCACAUUAAUCAUUGUAAAUGAGUCAUUUGAGAACUUAUACUACAUUUAAAUAGUUACAAUUAUUAGACGAUAAAUAUUAAGCAAGAGAAAUUAAACUUUUUUUCUGCUUUUAAGAACAAAAACAGCACAUUCAUUAGAGGAACCGAAUUCAAAAUUUUUUGCACAUCACAUUUGAAAAAUUGUUGGUAAAGAAAUAUAUUAAUUUGUCUUGACUAAAUUACUAUCCUGUUGAUACCGAGAAGACUCGGUAUCCUGUUGUUAUUUUCGGUUUAAAUUUUCUAGCCAAAUUCUGAGUCCACUAUAGUAUGUAUAUUCGCUUGUAAAAAAUGUAGCUUGUCAAUACAAAAACGCGUCAUCAACUCUCAAGUGGCGCUGAAGAGGAAUCUACUUGUUACAAAAUCACGAAUGCUGUAACUGAUUAUACACAAAAGCGUAACAAAAGUAACAAGUAGGUACUCACAAGUAACGACAAUCAGCACCUAUUUUCACGUGUUCUGUGCAUGUACGUGUUUACAAGCUACAUUUCUUUCCCAGUGAAUAUACUAUACAAUGAUGAGUACGCUAAUAACCGGCAAAAUAACGCAAAAGACGGAAAACAUAAUACAUUGUGAAAUAAAAAGAGAUGAAACUAGUAGAGGUGGGAAAUUAUCAACAGAAACCUAUAAUUAAACUUAUAAUUAACAACAUUAAUUAUAAUUUUACAUUAUAUUAAUAGUUUCCCACCUUUAGACGUGUGGCGACACGCUUUAAUUACAAUUUUUGCUAAUUUUAAUUUUUAAAAACUUUUCUCAAAACGAAAUAAUACGGGUCAUAAAAAUUCACAUUUAAUAUACAAACCAGACGCUAAGAAGGGCACGGUUUUACGAAACGAAAUGUAUCCCUAACCAUAUGUUUUUGGUGUGUUCAGUUUAACAAACUGAAUUCCCCAUAAAUUAAUUACCUUAUCAGACCUUAUGUCAAUAACUCACUUUGGAAAUGCAUUCGAAGACGUUUCUUAAAACUGCAGAAAUGUUUCAACUUUUAAACGCCAGAUCUAAAUAAUUUAUCGCCUUUCUGGCCAGAUGGUAGAAACACAAACAUAUUAGCGUUUGUGGUUUUUUCAGCCCCGGCAGUCGAUUUACAACCGCCCGUCGGGAGUCACACCCCAGCGGGCGUCGGGAUAGGUCAACAACACACUCUUACGAGAUAUAAGCAAAAUACGUCUUUUUACCGAUUAAAAUAAAUAUAUUAUUGAAAGUUUGUUGUGUUUACAUUUAUUUUAAUUUUAGUUAAUCGUUCCCAAACCAUUCGGAACAGACGUAUCGGAGGAGUUUGGCAGCUGCCACUGUGACAGGAUAAUUUUAUGAAUUUUUCCUGUGACAGUUUGACUCCGAUACGUCUAAAAGUGGGAACCUAUCAACACACUGUAAAUUUUAUAGGUUUAUAUUGAUAAUUUCCCACCUCUACUACUUUAAUCUCCUAUUUCACAGCUUAUUAUGUUUUCCGUUAUCACUCAGUUACUAAAAGAUGCCCCUCUAUUAGAGUCCACUAAGCAUAAAAAUCAGUAAAAAAGUAUAGAAAAGCAGUAGUUGAUUAAAAAAGCUGUAGAAACGAUAAAAAUUGUUUUUUUUUAUAUCUCCAGCAGCUUUGUAAGAAAACAUGAAACAUCUGUAACUUAAUUUAUAGAUCUCAUUACCUUAAUAGACUAUUUUUGUUAAAAGACAUAGCUACUUUAAGCCACCACGAAUUCGAAUCGGUUAGCUUUGAAUUGAAAAAAAAACGAGCAGCUUAAACUUUUUGGUACUAGGCCGUUCUGGCACAUGUCAAAAGCUAACUGAUGAGAAUAUCAUCCGGAACACAUUUGUAAUAGAAUCUAAGCAUAUUUGUAACGUACUUAUACUUUUUCUUCUCCAGAAAGUAAAUAAUUUUGAGAUGCAUUUA